UGAAGCCAUUAUUUCAGAACAGCCACCAAGUUGCUACUGUUUAGUGAUGUUAGUGUUCUUUAAAAGCAAAUGAUCCAUGUCUGAAAUUGUGUAAGAUGUCAGAUGUUACUGUUAUGUAACCUUUGUGCUUUACUGACUAUUUAAAGCAAGUAACUGGCCCCCUGACUACGGGUGCACCCUGCAAAAUGUCGACUGGUGAGAAAACCUUGCUGCUGUCCCUGAUUUUUGCAGCCUGGUUCACAACCCUUACAGUUAACGGACAAAAUGCUGCACCUCCAGAAGUGGUUACCAAAUAUGGGAAACUCCGAGGGCAGCAAAUCAAAGUUGAUGGAGCUGAGACAUACGUAGAUGUUUUCCUGGGAAUUCCCUUUGCCAAGCCGCCUGUUGGACCUUUGAGAUUUUCCCCACCAGCGCCAGCUGAGCCGUGGAAGGGUCUCAGAAAUGCAACUACCUACCCACCCAUGUGCCUACAGGACCUAGCGGCUGGGCAGCAUCUAUCGGAUGCAUUUACUAACAGAAAAGAAAAACUUCCUUUCCAAGUUUCCGAAGACUGUUUGUUCCUAAACGUGUACACGCCUGCCAGCUCAGACAAGGACAUGUUACCUGUCAUGGUAUGGAUCCAUGGAGGUGGAUUAGUGAUUGGUGCAGCUUCAACAUAUGAUGGGUCAGCACUAUCAGCCUUUGAAAAUGUGGUGGUUGUGACAAUUCAGUACAGACUGGGGAUCCUUGGAUAUUUUAGCUCUGGUGAUGAACAUGCUCGUGGAAACUGGGGUUAUUUGGAUCAAGUGGCAGCUCUCCAGUGGAUUCAAGAAAAUAUUGAACAUUUUGGAGGAGAUCCAGGAUCUGUCACUAUAUUUGGAGAGUCUGCAGGAGGAGUCAGCGUUUCUGCCCUUGUCUUAUCUCCUCUGGCAAAGGGCUUGUUCCAUAAGGCCAUCUCAGAGAGUGGAGUUACAUUCAAGGUGUUGUUUACUGCUCAUCCUGGAGCACAAGCUAAUAAAAUUGCUAAGGUAUCUGGCUGCCAAUCAACCAGCUCUGCUGCAAUGGUUCAUUGUCUGAGGAAAAAGACAGAGGAAGAAAUGAUGGAAAUAACGCUGAAGAUGGAAUUCUCAACACUAAAGUUAAAUGCUGCAUCAUCUGGAGACUCUGAAAAGUCCCUAUUCAUCUCUGCAGUUUUGGAUGGUGUAUUUUUUCCUAAGAGCCCUGAGGAGCUACUGGCUGAAAAAGCAAUCAAUGCAGUCCCAUAUAUAAUAGGAGUAAAUAAGCAGGAAUUUGGAUGGAUAAUUCCUAAUAUGUUCAAAUAUCCUGCUUUCACUGAAGGGUUGGACAAAGAAACAGUAACUUCACUGCUACUGGCCUCAGAGUUCUUUACACAUGUUCCUGCUGAGUUCACUUAUCUAUUAACUGAUGAAUAUCUAAGCAAUAUAGAGGAGCCUACCCAGCUACGAGAUAGGCUUUUUGAAUUGAUGGGAGAUGUAAUCUUUGUUUUGCCAUCCAUUCAAACAGCUAGAUAUCACAGAGAUUCGGGCAACCCCGUCUACGUUUAUGAUUUUCAUCAUCGAUCAAGUUCAUAUGAAGGUGUUAGACCAGGCUUCGUAAAAGCGGAUCACGGCGAUGAAAUUGGCUAUGUUUUUGGAAAGCCCUUCUUAGCCGGUGAUGCUACAGAAGAAGAGGGUAAACUCAGCAAAACAAUUAUGAAAUACUGGGCUAAUUUUGCUCGAAAAGGAAAUCCUAAUGGUGAAGGUUUGGUGACAUGGCCAGCAUAUAAUGUGGAUGAACAAUACCUUAUAAUAGACAUAAAGCAGAAAGCAGCAAAGAAAUUAAAAGAGAACCGAGUGAAGUUCUGGACAAAGAUUCUGCCUAAAAAGAUGGCUGAAGGAAAGAGAAAGCAGGAAGAGUUAUGAAGUCUGAGAAGCAUAUGGGUUGCUUUUAGUACAGUGAAAUAAAACAAGAUGUCAUAAACAGAUAAGGGUUAAGGUCUCUUUUACCUGUAAAGGGUUAACAAGCUCAGUAACCUGAUGGACACCUGACCAGACGACCAAUCAAGGGACAAGAUAAUUUCAAAUC